UCUCCUGGUUACGCGAGCAUUAGUAUUGUCUAUGGGCGCGGCAUCACUUAAACGCUGUCGUAUUUGUGUUGUUUACUGAUACAUUGCUGUUAAAUAGUCUGAGUUUCUCUAUCUGCGUUCAUAUUCACAGGCUUGUAACAGCGGGAAGUGAGUGUGGGUCUUUACGCUACUCGGAGUUACUGGUCAGACCGGGGGAAAAACGGGACAAGAGCGGUCCUGGGUUUUUCUUUCUGACAUUGUUCAUAGUUUUUUUUUUACAUUCCUUGGAGAAAUAAACUCCAUUGAAAUACUUCAAACGGCGUCUUGUGCUUUUAGCAACACGGCUUACAGGUGUUACGACUCACCAUGGAGGCCAUUGCCAAAUACGAUUUCAAAGCCACUGCGGAUGAUGAGUUGAGUUUUAAACGUGGAGAGACGUUGAAGGUUUUGAAUGAAGAAUGUGACCAGAACUGGUACAAGGCUGAGCUGAAUGGCAAGGAAGGCUUCAUCCCCAAGAACUACAUAGAAAUGAAGGGACACCCGUGGUUCUAUGGGAAGAUCCCCAGGGCGAAGGCAGAGGAGAUGUUGAACAAACAGAGGCAUGAUGGGGCCUUCCUCAUCAGAGAGAGCGAGAGUGCCCCUGGAGAUUUCUCACUCUCUGUCAAAUUUGGUAAUGACGUGCAGCACUUCAAGGUCCUGCGCGACGGUGCCGGAAAGUAUUUCCUAUGGGUGGUCAAGUUCAAUUCUCUCAACUCCCUGGUGGAUUAUCACCGCUCGACCUCUGUGUCCCGAAACCAGCCCAUCUUCCUCCGAGAUAUCGAGCAGGUCCCCCAGCAUUCGACGUAUGUGCAGGCGCUGUUCGACUUUGACCCACAGGAGGACGGCGAGCUGGGCUUCCGACGUGGUGACUUCAUCCAGGUCCUCGACAACUCGGACCCCAACUGGUGGAAAGGAGCGUGUCACGGUCAGACGGGCAUGUUCCCGCGCAACUACGUCACACCCGUCAACCAAAACAUGUAAUGACGUAAUUCGAUUGGCUAAGUGAAUUAUGACAUAAUGACAUUGCGGCCCCCCCCCCCCCCCCCCUCGUCUCCCAUUGACACCCCCUCUGGACUUUCUGAGGGACACUUCAGAAACAGACACUUAAAUGAGGAAUGGAGGAGCGGGAAGAGGAGCAAAGAGAGCGAGAGAGGCAAAUCAUUUCUCAGAUGCUUUUGGCCCCUACAGCUGUGGACGUUUUGAAGCAGGAAGAGGGAUUACAUGAAGUGGAGAAGCAUUGCAAAAGAAGUUGAAGUAAAAUAAAUACAUUUAAAAAAAAAAAAACUGAAAAAAGAACGGCUAUAACUAGACUCCGCCAACAGACUCUUCCCAUAUGUUCUCUGUUUUCUUUCUUUACGCAUGAUAUCACCACCUUACGGUUCAGUCUUUAGACCAAGACAGUGAAAAAGAAGUCCGAGACCAAAGACUGCAGUCUGCUGUGUUGUUGAUAUCCACCCCGCUUUGGGCACUUAGGGAACCAGUAUGGACUGGAGGCAAAUUACAUUUGUAUUGAUGUGAAUGUAUAUCUUAAUAUAUUUGUAUUUCUCUACUUGUGGGCCUAAAUGUUGUCGAGUCAUUUUCCAGGGUCGUGUUCAUUGUGCACCAAAUGUGAGAAAGCAGAGGGAGAUGGGGGAACUACUUGAACUAGUCCAAGAGACACUUGUUUUGAUUUGAAAGGUGGUAUUGUACGUUUUAAAAAGCUUUUCCCCCCGUGAAUACCCCGAUCAUGCUCCAAGCUAAAAAGUUGUCCUGUGAUAGGGAGAUAUUCACUACACUCAAGACAGGAAUAAUAUUUAGAGGAAAACCAGACAUGCAGGAGCUUUCAGCCUUCAUAUUUAUUGUAACUGGUAUGAUCAUGGUAGUAGCCAUCUCUCCCUUCGUUAGAGUAUAUCCUCACCCACAAACAACAGAAUUCAACUAUGGUUAUUCAGUAUGAUCUAAAACUACCUUCAUCUGCCUGUGUGACUUUAUGAAGAUUGCCAGUGAUUGACUGAUUUGAAACUGCAGUACUCUCAUAAUGAACUGUUUAAAAAUAAGCUACUGUAUACUGCCCCAAUAAGGCAAAAUACAGUAACAUUAACUAUGUUAAAAAAAAUCUUAACUUUUUUCUAUCUAAACCAAACAAAUUCCUGGUACUUGGUAUGACAUGUUCUGCUGGCAUGUAUUUGUGUAAGGAAACAAUGCAGCAUUAAUAAAAUAAUAUACCUGUUCAUUACACCAGAUAAAAGAUUUGGCACCAUCUGCAUAGAACUGCGUUUUGCUUUUGUUAGGGCAGUAAUCACAUGUACUGGUGAGUGCCACGAUCACUGAGUUCACCCUGUGGUUGUUCAUAUUGGAUAGUGCCUUUUCCAUCCCUAGUGUUUUCUGCCUCUCCUGGUUGACCAGUGUGCAGUCCUAAGCAGUGUGGUGGCCAAUGACACGUUUCCAUUCUCAACACACACCUGCUAUUGGUAUGGGCUACCUCCCUGAACCAAUCUGUAAACGUAUCUUAUGUUUUCCGUCUCUUCCGUCUUACGGCGAUAAGACUGAAGAGGAACGAUAUUUUGUGCCACCUUGUAUUGUUGACUGAAGUUUCCCUGACAAAAUGGUUUCAUGUUAACGUACAGUGUGGAUGUCUAUUGUCUACUAAAUGACAUGCACCAAGUCAUGUGUCUGUCUGAUUACGGAGCGUUUCGAAAGGGCUUUUAGAAUAGAUGUCUAUUUGGAACAUGUACUCAUUGUUUAUUGUCCAUUCUGUUGGUUCAAAAAGGGGGACUUUAUUUUGACGGAUGACCCCAAAAAAAAAGAAGUAACUGAAAAGUGUUGUUUAGCCUAGGAAUGAGUUGUCACAAUCGCCAGUCUUGUACGUUUUUGAUACGGGCUCCAUCCUUAUCUCAGUGUGCUUGUGACGGGGGCAGAAUAGGAACCUUCAUCUUGAUGAAGAGAGACGGGACCAGUGAUACUGACUCUAGGUCAGGAUGACAAGCGACCCAUCAGUGAUGGGAAUCUAUUGAGAAUCUCGAAGAGGACCUGAAAUUCGAAGAAAAAGUCUCUCGUCUGACUGUAAUUUUCCAUCUACGUUUGUUGAUUUUACAAAACAUUCUUGAACAUGAACUCUGUUUCUUACGAAAGGAAGAAAUGGCUUAAAUAAAGAGCCGGGUCUGAAGGGGCCAUGCUAAUUUUUUCAUGUAAUUGCUUCUUUCCUUGUAAUGGACUGCUUUGAGCCAUUCCAAUGAAGUUCUACUCUGACUUGUAGGAGAUUGAGAAUUCAGGGGCACAGUAGACGGCUGAUUUGGAUCAAUUAUGACCUGUAGCUUGCUACGUGUCACCCUGCUGUGGUUGCAAUGCCCUCCCGUUCGAAGUCCAGUAUGUCACACUCAGAAAAAACAAGGCACUACAAUGCAUCAUGGGAAUCCCCUUCUUUGGGGUAGUGUCUGAAUUCUCAGCCAAUCAUGAGAGUUCUUUCUUUCCAUGUGACCUGCAAUUUGGUAUUUUCCUUGUCGGGUCACGUAGACAGGAAGCAUCUCUUGGCUUGUUGAUAUACAGUGUGUAUGUGAUUGCAGGGGUCAGUGGUUUUGCACUGUGGUUUUUCUUUAACAGGUAAGACUGGUUCCGUUUCGGUGAGCAAUGCAUUUAUUCUGUCACUGGUGCAGUUGACGCAACGAGACUGUGGAUUUAGCUGCCGUCAAGGGGCUGAUUAACAGGGCAGAGUCCAAAACAUUUGAGCCCAAAUAUGCUGGCUCUAUGUGCCUGGAUAGGCUAGGCCUCCCACUUCCAUGAUCAAUAUUGACUCUCCUUAGUCAGUCCAGAUUGAAUAAAAGAUUGACAGAAAGUGUACUACUCAUUAAGCCUGGUUAAACAUUGUUUCAGUUUGGCGAGGAAAAAGCAUUCUGCCUGGCUUAACCAGUACCCCUCAGUGGUUUAUUCUUCUUAUCCACGUCCAAUCGGUUGCACACAACUGAAUCGUGUUAUUCCAGACUGGUGUCACCUGUCAACAACCGGGGACCAUGUGAUUGUUUGCAUUAUGCCGGAAGGUCUGCAUAAUGUACACACGGUCGUUUCAUGAUGUCAUUUAAUGGUGUGUGAAUAUGUGGAGACGGAGAAAAAAAACAUGUGUUUCAGUGUUCGUGUUGAUAUGCACAAAUGUCUGUCACAGCAUUUGAUUUCCUUUGAACAUAGAUUAAGACGGAACAAUAAAACAAUCUCUAUGAUGAAGUUA